CAGUCAUUCAAUCGAAACUCAAGAUACAAGAAGUCAACAUGGGUUCGAUUUGCUUACUUGUUUUAUUAGUAGUUAAUGCAGUUUUAGGUAAAAGUGCAUUAAGAUACAGUCUUGAAGACGCCUCUGACCAUUUCGAAACAUUUAUAAGCACUUACGAAAAGGAAUAUGACGAAACAGAAAGAGCACUUAGAUUUGAAAUUUUCAUGAAGAAUUUAGAAAAAAUCAAUAAUCUUAAUUCACGAAGCGACACUGCUGUCUUCGGUAUUACGCAAUUCAGUGAUUUAACGACUGAAGAAUUUAUACAACAGUAUACAGGCUACAGAAGCAGCAACAGUACUGCUAAUAAGGCAAAAACCAUAAGUAAAGGACCAAAAAUAAAUUUGAAGUUUGGAGAUGCGCCAGAGUCAUUCGACUGGCGCAAACAAGGAGUGGUCAGUGUUGUGAAAGACCAGCGUAGAUGUGGUUCCUGCUGGGCGUUUAGUACAAUCGCUACUGUGGAAAGUGCCUAUGCGAUCAAAACUGGUCAGUCUGUACUUCUGUCUGAACAACAAUUAGUGGAUUGCGCUACUAAUUACUGUGCAGGAUGUCAGGGGGGGAUUCCACAUUACGCUUGCGAAUACUUAAAGUUAAAUGGUGUAAUGAGUGCCGAUAGCUAUCCUUAUAAAGGAAUAGAUGAUCAAUGUAAAUACAAUUCUGAAAACAUCAGAGUUCAAGUUAAAAAUUGUUUGGAUUUAUUAGUCUCAGAAGAUGAGUUAGCCAAUAAAUUGGCAAACAUUGGACCACUGUCUAUAGCGAUCGACGCAGGCGUAUUACAGCAGUAUCACGGUGGAAUCAUAGCGGAUAAUUAUUGCUCAGGAUCUCAGAUUGACCAUGCGGUUGUUCUAGUUGGUUAUGGAACAGAUGAAAAUGGAAUAAAAUACUGGGUGGUGAAGAACUCUUGGGGUAUUGGUUUUGGCGAGCAGGGAUACUUCAGGAUGCAGCGCGGAGUGAACUGUCUCGGUGUUAUGAAUACACCAGCUCUUGCUAUUGAAGUAUAAAAAUCUUCGUGUCUUACACUCUUCUGAUUUGACCUCUUAGCUCUCUACUGGAUAUAAAACUAUUCCUUUAUAAUUGAUAAUAAAUGAUUGCACCUUA